UGUGUCAUAAAAAUGUCUCUAACCGUUAACGCACGCGGAUGAAGCUGAUAUUGUGUUUUCCAGUCAGCAUGUUUUUAACAUCUAAGAAUUUAUAAAAAUUAGUGUUUAAUAUGUUAUCUAUCCGCAGAUAAGAUCGUGAAGCUGUGGAGGGUAUACGCUAUAGUAUAUCAUUAGUAUGUAAAGAACAAGGCACUUUACGAUUACAUAUUUCUGCUACUACAGACAGUAUAUCUUAAGAACAGCAAAAUAUUGCCUUUUCUUAGGUUUUGCGUAGAAGAAUCUAUCAGUAGUCUUAGUAACCCGUGUAUUGGAGAGAUUAUAUCUCCCCCCCCCCCUCCAUUUUUCCAGUCGCUUAGAUAAUGGCACGAGUUUUAAAGAAGAAUUGCUCAUUUCAAACAUUUCGAUAAAAUCGACCCUCACUGCAAGAAAAAAAGUUGUCCCCUGCACUUAAUUACCGUAUCAGUAAGCAACGUAUCUGGUGGAUAUUUCGGUAGACACAUUUUUUUUUUUAGAUUGAAAACUAAACUAGGCCUUGCAUUUCACAUAUCAGCUAUUGGAAAGUUCGGGUUGUUUCUUGUUUAGAUGCAGCGCGAUCUUUGGCGUGAUAUUUUGAUAUUUCUGUCACCAAGCUGCUUGUUUUACAAACCUCUUUUUUGAAAAUCAUCAGAGCUUUGCAUCCUUACACAGGUGAACUGUUAUUCCCUUCGUCUACAUUAAUUUCACGGAAAUGCUGAAAACAAGAAACCUUUCAGUCAGAGGAAGUGGGGAGGGAUGCACUUUUUAGAAGUUAGAAAAAAAAAAGCUUGUUGUAAGUGGUCCAUGGCAAGUCAAGUUUCCGGUUUUGUUUCAUUUCUAUAUAGGGCAUAAUUUCCAGGGACAGGAGUGACCCCGAAACACUAGUCGGCUCGGUAAUCACGCCAACUAGCGGCAGCCGAAGUUAAAAUAUCUGCAACUAAGUGUGCAAGCUCCGUAUAGCUUCACUUGGACUCAGUGUUCCGCAGACUUCAGUUGGAAACUUGUUAUCGAUGUAAAUGUAUAGGUAUCUGUUAGCACAAGCCUCUCGGCUGGAGUGCACACAUUUCUAGUGGUGCUCCACUGUAUAGGACUCUUUAUUUCGGUUGAACGUGUUAUAACUUUACGUAAAUAUCUUUUUUUUGUUUGUUUCUAUUAAAUGAUGAAUUCACUAAUCACUCCAACUGAAUCCGUCAACUUGUUCUAAAUGUCAAGUUGCAAGAGUAAGACUUAGAAAAUCCAGGGUAUAACAAGAACAGGAUUGAAAAAAUUGACCUCCCCAUCUUUAUGGAGCCUGUAUCGUACAGUUGGUUAGCGGCAUCGGCUUGCGCACCCCUGGUGGCUGUCUUGUCCUUGUGGACGGUGUACAUCUUCCACUCGUAUAGACGGUGUUGGCGAACAGUGGACUUGUUUCUACUAGCGAUUGGCACUCAAGAAUUAAUUACUGCCUUUUUUGCUUUCGGCUUUGCUGUUUUAAGCUUGGUUAAUCCAAGAGCUGGACCCCCUUGCAGUUUUAUUCUGUGGGGUUUGACUGCCACUCGUACCUUUCAAAUUGCUACCUUAGCUUCUCUAGUUGUAGACAGAGCUCUAACUAUCCGUUGGCCAUAUAAGUAUCGCUUCAGCGUUCGAAGAAAUCAGAUUCGAUACCACAUAGCAGUGUUGGCUGUCAUAUCUGUGUUUGUCGGCGUAGCAGCUGUCUUCGCUCGUUCCCCCGAGAAGCAUGAUUGUUCUGUGCAUCCUCUGGGAUGGGAUCGCAGGUUCUCCAUUUUCAACAUAUGUCUCCAUGGAGUUCUGUUGAUUACAGUGCUAACAUGCUGCCUCGACGUGGAGGUGCACCGCUGCCGUGCUCGACAGCGCAGACUACAUUUCUCCACGCCGUCACUAGGAGCCGAGUGUGUCACAGGAACAGUCAGUAGUAGUAGUGUCACCAGCAGCUCCAGCGGAAGCACCCGGCCUCUGCAUGGUGCUGGUCGGCAGGAGUCCCGAGAAGCCAGCUCCGACUUCCGUUGGACAUCAGUAGCUGUUAUUUCUUCACUGUGCUACUUAACCAACCAUCUGCCUUGCCUG